UGAUGGGUGCUAAUGUAUAGGUUAGAAAUACAACGUGUUCUGCAAACACACAUGUUUGACUGUAUUUCUGUGUGUGUGUGUUCGUGUUGUAUUGAAGUGAAUCCGAUGUCCGUCUACAGACUGAAACGGGUCCUGAUACACCAGUGUUUCCUCCUGCAGCUGUGAUUCUGAGGUAACGGACCACAGACCUCCUUUGAGAGUACACGUGACUGCUGUGUGUAUCAUCAACAACUACAUCUAUAGUCUGAACAACAAACCCACAGGAUGCCUUUAAACCCGAUCCGGUGCAGAGUAAAGGAGCGCAGCAGCUGUGUUCUGGGUCGACCCGAGUUCUUAUCGCUGAACCAGCCACCGCGACACAGCAGAACAUCGAGAAGAACCAGCCAGCAGAACCAGCCGUGUGAGAACCCAGCAGAACCCCCCGAGAACAUGAAGGAACGUAAAGAAGCGGCCAGGCUGCCGGAUGAAGACUGCAUGCAGCUCAACCCGUCCUUCAGAGGAAUCGCCAUCAACUCUCUGCUGGCCAUCGACAUCUGUCUGUCCAAGCGUCUGGGUGUGUGUGUUCACACAUCGUCCUCGUGGGGCAGCGUGCGCUCGGUGGUCACUUUGCUGGCGCUGACGGGUCACGGCAUCACAUGGAUCUGUGGCACUCUACUGUGUCUCAUGCAGAGUAACACGCUGGCCGGACAAGAGGUUCUGAUCAAUCUAUUGAUCGCUCUGAUUCUUGAUGUCGUGACUGUAGCAGGAGUACAGAAACUGGUCAGACGCAAAGGACCCUGGGAUCUCAGUCCUGGUUUUCUGGACUGUGUGGCUCUGGACACGUUUUCGUUCCCAGCAGCUCACGCGAGCAGAGCGGCGAUGGUCUCCAAGUUUCUCCUGUCUCAUCUGGUGCUGGCCGUCCCGCUGCGAGUUCUUCUGGUGCUAUGGGCGUUCCUGGUGGGCCUGUCUCGGGUUCUGCUGGGUCAGCACCACCUGACGGACAUGGCGUGUGGAUUUGCUCUGGGUCUCCUGCAUUUCAGUCUCAUGGAGUCGGUGUGGCUGUCGUCCAGCGCCUGUCAAACCAUCAUGUCCAUGGGAACCUUCAGCUGGAGCUCCACCCACUAGAGCUUCACCUCAUACAGAAGAGCAUAUAGCAGGCUUCAAACGUCUGAGACCAUCAUUAAAAGUGCUUCUAUUUUUUGCGUUAACAGUUAGUUCUGCUCCUCUAAUCUGAUUAGACAAGCAGUGUUCCAAGAGUGCUGAUAGCACUGGGACGCAUCACUGUUUGAAUCACUCCGAUUGCCUGUGGUGUUCCUGAACAGAGUAAAUGACAUCAGGGAGCAGUGGAUGUGGAAUGGGUGAAAGUCGAAGCAUCAGUGCAUAAAAACUGAUUGAUUUUUAUGACUUUUGGUUCUGUAAAUGGUUCUCAAUUGCGCAUUCUUCUGACGAUGUAAACGUAGCACGUACUAAAAUACUCUGACAGUGUUUCCGACGCUUCUGUUCGUGACACUGCAACACCGCUAGUGAAUCAACAGCAUGAAACAUACUGCGUAACUCAACGAAUGACUCUUAUGAGUCGGUUCUUUUUAUUGAACGAAAAUCUUGCAACUGCAAGAAUUGUUACUUUUUUUUUUUCUCCCCUUUUCUCAGCAAUUUGGAAUGCCCAAUUCCCACUUCUUAUUAGGUCCUCAUGGUGGCGCGGUUACUCACCUCAAUCCGGGUGGCAGAGGAUAAGUCUCAGUUGCCUCCGCUUCUGAGACCGUCAAUCUGUGCAUCUUAUCAAGUGACUCGUUGUGCAUGACACCAAGGAGACUCACAGCAUGUGGAGACUCAUGCUACACUCCACGAUCCACGCACAACUUACCACACGCCCCAUUGAGAGCGAGAACCACUAAUCGUGACCACAAGGAGGUUACCCCAUUUGACUCUACCUUCCCUAGAAGCCAAUUUGGUUGCUUAGGAGACCUGACUGGAGUCACUCAGCACACCCUGGAUUCGAACUCGCAUCUCCAGGGGUGGAGAAUUGUUACUGUGUUAUGUAAACUUCAACAACUAGAGUGAUUUCUGACAGUGUGUUGUUAAAGAUACACGCAACAUAGUCUCAUGAGAUUUUGUCACAAUACUACGAUACACUUCAUUCAUACAAAAACGUAUGACUUCACAUCAAUCAAUCACAUAUGCUUCACGUACACUUGUUCAGAUCCCGGAAGUGCUGCUUUCUUACGUAUUACACAUCAGGGCUUUUAACAUUAAUAUCAUGGUUAUGAUUACGCUCUGGGUAGGGUAAGGCGUUACAACCCCAAUUCCCGAAAAAGUUGGGACAGUAUGAUAAAUGCUAAUAAGAACAAAAAGGAGUGAUUUGUAAAUUAUAUUCACCCUUUGCUAUAUUUAAAGCACUACAACUACACAUUGUAUGAUGUCUUUCCUUGUGAAUUUCAUUGUUUUUUGAAAAUGUCCAGUAAUUUCAAAUCAGAUGAUUGCAGCAUGCUCCAAAAAAGUUAGGACAGUCGAGUGUUUACCACUGUGAAACAUCACCAUUUCUUCUAAUAACACUUAUUAAGCAUUUGGGAACUGAAGACACAAGUUUGUUAAGUUUAAAAAGUGGAAUUUUCCCCCAAUCAUCCAUUAUGUAGGUCUUUAGCUGCACAGUUGUAUGAGGUCUUCAUUGCCGUAUGGUGUGCCUCAUAAUGCGCCACACAUUCUCAAUUGGAGACAUAUAAUGUGUAGUUGCAGUGCUUUCAAUAAACAAAGGGUGAAUAUAAUUUACAAAACACUCCUUUUUGUUUUUAUCAGCAUUUUUCAUACUGUCCCAACUUUUUUGGAAUGGGGCUUGUACACUGUAUGGUUAGGUUUAGGGAUGGGGUUUGGGUUAGAGUUUAAAGUUAUGAAAAUACACUUUUGGAUUAACACUGAACAAACACCACAUCAGGAACUAUAAUGACACAUUGGGAAGCAUCCCUCAUUGGUGGGAGUAUAACUUGAACUAUUUAGUUCGAAUAAACUCGCCUUGUACUAUUGUGAUGAAUUCUUGUGAGAUCAGUUUGGUUGUAAAAAGUAGUAAAAAUGAAUGAAUGAAUAAAAUUUAAUGGUUAAAAAUCUGUGUAAAAACCUUCUGAAUCUGUUCUGUUUAAAUCUGAAAUUAUCUCAUAAUUUGGUAAUCUAAUAAGAACUGCAUUUAUUUCUUUAUACAUCUUCCUAAAGAGUGUUUAAACCAUUGCUAACGGAACCGUUAACUGUAUUUGGAAUUGGAACUGGAAUCAUUAAAUUCCUCAUGAUUACAGUCACUUUUGGCGACAAAAAGCUUGACGCUGUGGCUUCUUUUGGAAUUUUUUUCCAGUGGUGGAAAAAAAAAUACACAAACUAGCUGGCCAACUUUUGUGUAAGUUACUCUGUAUGAGUUUCUUGUUUACAGAACUGUUUUCUCAUAGUUGUACUGUUGCACUGAAUAUCAGUCAUGUGAUUAUUGGAACACAAAGGUUUUAUAUGCACAGCCCUUGCAUAUUUCUUUAUUGAGGAUUGUAAUACUCUCAGGUCUGUUCUACACAUUUGUUUAAAUCCAUUUAGUAGAAUUAGCAGAUUUUUAGUACAGAAAAUGCAAAACAUCUCCAGAGAUUGUGUGUCUGGGCUCAUGAGCUCUUGUUCUCUCAAACUCAUCUCACAAGUCACGACAUUGUUCAGUUUCUUAUUUUCACUUCUGCAGAACUGAGUCCCUCAGAGGAAGUUACAAUACUCCGAAAAUACACUGGCGGCCAAAAGUUUGGAAUAAUGUACAGACUUUGCUCUUAUGAAAAUAAAUUGUUACUUUUAUUCACCAAAGUGGCAUUCAACUGAUCACAAUGUAUAGUCAGGACAUAAAUAACUUAAAAAAUUACUAUUACAAUUUGAAAAAUAUUUUCAGAACUUCUUAAACUACUUCAAAGAGUUCUCAUCAAAAAAUCCUCCAUGUGCAGUAAUGACAGCUUUGCAGAUCCUUGGCAUUCCAGCUGUCAGUUUGUCCAGAUACUCCGGUGACAUUUCACCCCACACUUCCUGUAGCACUUGCCAUAGAUGUGUCUGUCUUGUCGGGCACUUCUCACAAACCUUACAGUCUAGCUGAUCCCACAAAAUCUCAAUGGGGUUAAGAUCCAGAACACUCUUUUCCAAUUAUCUGUUGUCCAAUGUCUGUGUUUCUUUGUCCACUCUAACCUUUUCUUUUUGUUUUUCUGUUUCAAAAGUGGCUUUUUCUUUGCAAUUCUUCCCAUAAGGCCCCUGAGUCUUCUCUUUACUGUUGUACAUGAAACUGGUGUUGAGCGGGUAGAAUUCAAUGAAGCUGUCAGCUGAGGACAUGUGAGGCGUCUAUUUCUCAAACUAGAGACUCUGAUGUACUUAUGCUCUUGUUUAGUUGUACAUCUGGUCUUCCACAUCUCUUUCUGUUUUUGUUAGAGCCAGUUGUCCUUUGUCUUUGAAGACUGUAGUGUACACCUUUGUAUGAAAUCUUUUUGGCAAUUUCAAGCAUUGUAUAGCCUUCAUUCCUCAAAACAAUGAUUGACUGACGAGUUUCUAGAGAAAGCGGUUUCUUUUUUGUCAUUUUUGUUCUAAUAUUGACCUUGAGACAUGCCAGUCUAUUGCAUACUGUGGCAACUCAAAAACAAACACAAAGACAAUGUUAAGCUUCAUUUAAUGAUCCAAAUAGCUUUCAGCUGUGUUUGAUAUAAUGGCAAGUGAUUUUCUAGUACCAAAUGAUCAAUUUAGCAUGAUUACUCAAGGAUAAGGUGUUGGAGUGAUGGCUGCUCUCUAGAUUUGAUCAAAAAUGACUUUUUCAAAUAGUGAUGAUGCCGUUUUUUACAUUAGCAAUGUCCUGACUAUACUUUGUGAUCAGCUGAAUGCCACUUUGGUGAAUUAAAGUAACAAUUUCCUUCCGAAACAGCAAAAUCUGUAUAUUAUUCCAAACUUUUGGCUGCAAGUGUAAGUGAAUGUGUAAAAUGUCUGUAUAAUCCACUGACUUUUGUUUACAGUAUUUUGUUUUCAUCUAGUUUUAUAAAUGUGAGUUCUUACAGUCAAAAUUGAAUUUCCCAUAGUGUGACUUGAAUGGAGCCUCUGAUUUUGUCAGUUGUGGUCUGUCCACCUGUACCAAUGUAAAUUCUCUCUGAUGUAUGGUGUUAAUACAGGGGACAGUCACAGACCUUUAAAAGACACUUUUAGGAGAACACAGUUACGAAGUUCUUCCACUUCAAAUAUUUUUACCCAAUAUUUUUAAAUAUUUUACUCACCCAAGACCGUUUGCUCAAUUUGCAUGAAAUGUAUUGUGUCAUCAAGAGACUGUCAACAAGUUAUUUAAAGUAUUUUAAUUCAUAAAGUUGUUUGGGAAAAAUCAGCCAAUAUAUUUACAGGCGUGCCCCAUAAUGACUAAUUGGCCUGUAUCUUUUGACUGUAAUGUCCAGACUUCACAAAACUUGGUACAGAUGGACAGCAGUACACUCUGAAGAAACACGCCAAAUUUCAUCCAUUUCUGAUACUAUGGUGUGCUAGAAAUAAACAAAAGCUCUGAACUUUCAAACUCCAGUACAAGCAAUACAACUAGAUAUGGCAAACUGCUUGGACCCUGACAGUAGCUGCUUUUGUGUUUGUGUUUCAACGUUUAUUUAACAUGUUCAUGUACCUCUGGAAUAUUUCUACUGUGUUCUGUUGCAGUGGACAGAUGUUUAACUUCUUCAAAAUUCAUCAUUUAAAAAAAGAAAGUCUUUUUCUGAAAAUGUUUCCCUUAGUGGUUUAUUAAUUCAUGCGGUUAAGGUUUCAUUUGUGCAACAGCGUGAAUACCAUGAAUAACUUAACAACUUUGAUCAUGAUUUACAAACAAACUGUACCAACACACAUAGUUAUUUUAAGAUGAUAUUUCUGGUUUUCUUUGCCUGCAUGAAAUGUUUAUGUGUAAUGUGUUUGGUAUUAUAUUUUUGUGAAACCAGUCAAGGGUCUGAAUUGUAGUAUUCAGUAUUCAAGGGAUCUGUUGCCUUUGUAUUUGUCAAAGAAAUAACCAUUAAAAUGGUUGAAUAUG